AUGAUCAGUGGUGAGGGUGAGGAUGAGGAGUUCACCAUCACAGGCGACCCCAGCAAUGCUGCCGAUGCGGCGUUUGACAGCCAGGUCGAGGCCCUGCAGGAUGCAGUCCUGGAUGACUCGUUUCAGGAAAUGCUGAAUGCGUAUUGCCGAGAGCACUGUCAUCACUUUGAGGAUUCGGAGGAGAACAAACUCAUCUACACGGAGCUUUUCAGCCAGUAUGCUGAGCUGAUAGAGGGGCAUCUGGAACGUCAGAUGGCAAGUGCCAUCCCCGGGUUCUCAAUGGCUUCCUUCCUGGAAGAACUCUCUGCUAGAGGUGAAGAUGAGAUUGAUGCCGCUGUUCUCGACUUGUUGAUCUCCUUGACGGAUUUCAUGUCCUUCAAGCAGCAGAUGCUGACAGUGAAGGCCGGAGAUGCUGGCUUGUCCUUGGCCGGGACAGCUUCGCAGAUCCACGCGGAUGAAGAUGAAGAAGGUGAAGCAAGGCCAGACCUUGAUGGCCUGCUGACAGUGUCACCAGCCUCACCCAGCCAACGUGCUGCAGGCUGA